AGUAUAAAUUACUUAGCUUUGUGUUUUAUUAUCCACCAGAGUUGGAGGACAGGAGGAGCACCUCUAUGGACAAAGCCAUGGAGAAGAAGGAGGAUGGUGUUUCGACCAAGGAGAUUCGUUAUGGCGGCAUAAAAGCCAUGCCCUUUGUGAUAGGAAACGAGACAUUUGAGAAGCUCGGGACGAUAGGCACCUCCUCCAACCUUCUGGUCUAUCUCACCACUGUCUUCAACAUGAAGAGCAUCACUGCUACUAAUAUCAUUAACAUCUUCAAUGGGACCAUCAAUUUUGCCACCUUGCCCGGAGCUUUCCUCUGCGACACUUACUUUGGCCGUUACAAGACUCUAGGAUUUGCUUCAGUGUCCUCGUUUCUGGGGAUGCUCAUACUUACUCUAACAGCGGCCAUAGAGACGAUGCAUCCUCCUCAUUGUGAGGCAGAGGAGAGCAGCUCGUGCCGUGGACCGACAUUUUGGCAAAUGGCGUUUCUGCUCAGCGGGUUUGGACUGCUUGUGAUUGGAGGUGGCGGGAUUAGACCUUGUAACCUGGCAUUCGGUGCUGACCAGUUCAAUCCCAAUACGGCAUCCGGGAAGAGGGGAAUUAGUAGCUUCUUCAAUUGGUACUAUUUCACCUUUACUUUUGCCAUGAUGGUAUCUUUGACGAUCAUCGUCUACGUGCAAGCUGAUGUGAGUUGGGCUUGGGGAUUGGCCAUUCCCACGUUCCUCAUGUUCUUGUCAUGUGCUCUCUUCUUUGUGGGAACGAGAAUAUACGUAAAAGUUAAACCAGAUGGUAGUCCGCUGGCAAGUGCCUCACGGGUGAUGGUGGCAGCAAUAAAGAAGAGGAAGUUGAAGUUGCCGGACCAGCCAUGUCUCUCCUUGUAUGACUAUGUUCUAAGCAGUUCUAUCAACUCCAAGCUCCCUCACACCGAUCAAUUCAGAUUCGUCGACAAAGCCGCAAUCAUCACUCCACAAGACCAAAUUAACCAUGAUGGAUCAGCAGCCAAUCCAUGGAGACUCUGCAGCAUUCAGCAGGUUGAAGAAGUGAAGUGUUUGAUAAGAGUCAUACCCAUUUGGAUCUCGGCCAUGAUCUACUACAUAGCCUUAGUCCAACAGCAAACCUACGUAGUCUUCCAAGCCCUUCAAUCUGAUCGACGCCUCUGGAGCUUGAACUUCAAGAUUCCAGCCGCCACUUAUAUUAUAUUCUCGAUGAUCACCCUCACUAUCUGGAUUCCUAUCUACGACAGGAUGAUCAUCCCGUGCCUAAGGAAGUUGACGGGAAAAGAAGGCGGGAUCACACUUCUCCAGAAGAUGGGAAUCGGCAUAUUCCUGGCCGUGAUCACGAUGCUUAUAUCAGCCAUUGUUGAGAACAAAAGGAAAACUUUGGGACUGACUGAGCCCAUUGGGAUUGACCCAAGGAGAGGCGCAAUUUCUUCUAUGUCAGGAUUAUGGUUGGUGCCUCAGCUGGUAAUGGGAGGAUUGUCUGAAGCAUUCACUAUCAUCGCUCAAAUUGAAUUUUACUACAAGCAGUUCCCGGAAAACAUGAGAAGCAUUGGCGGGUCGCUCUCUUUUGUGGGGUUUGCAAUGUCAAAUUACUUGAGUAGCUUGCUGAUAUCCAUCGUUCACCAGGUCACAAAAGGAGGAGAAGCAAAUGGUGACUGGUUGCCUCAAGAUCUUAACAAGGGAAAGUUGGACUACUUUUAUUAUCUGGUUGGUGUAUUGCAGGCAUUGAACUUAGGUUACUUCAUAGUAUUUGCUAGGUGGUAUAAGUACAAAGGAAGCAGCAUUAGCACUAGUGUUGAAGUCGAUACGGAGAAAUUCAACUCGGAAAGAGUUAUUGUUUGAUCCAUCACGCCAUUCGGACACAAUUAAGAACGUCAAAAGGCUAUAAUUCCCAGUCCAGUGUCUAAGUAAAUGCAAUCUGGUGUGGCUUGUUUGGAGUAACGAUUGCAAGACGGCACGACCUUGGAUCAGAUUGAAAGAUAACUCACCGACUUCAUAGCAUCUUGUUCGUGCCUCAGUCUUUCAUCAGUUUUCUAGAAUAUGUUUCACCUAA